AUGAAAGCAGCAGCGAACGGGGUCCUCAAUCUCAGCAUUGCAGACGGAUGGUGGGCAGAGGCAAAUCAUCUCGGUGGCGGCUGGACAAUCAAUGCCGGUGCUACUUCUGGGGACUCAAAGUCCACCGACAAAGCACACGCCAAUGCCAUUUAUGAACUUCUUGAAAAAGAGAUUGUGCCCCUCUUCUACCAGCGUAACCCUAUUGACGAUGUGCCGUACGAAUGGGUUGCUCGGAUGAAGACUGCGAUGCAGAACCUCGCUCCUAUUUUCAAUACAAAGCGGAUGGUAGCGGAGUACGCAGAGCAGUUGUACUUCCCAGCGCACCGCCGCUGGCAGCAUCUCAAUGAAUCAGGCGGAAAGCGCAGUAUCGCCUUAACUCGCUGGAAAGCACAUAUACAAGAUCAUUGGGGCGAUCUACGGAUUGAGGAGAGACAUACCGAUGCGACGGCUUCUGCGAUUCAAAAUCCUGAGUUGGGUGUCGGUGAAUCUACAACAGUGCAGGCGGUUGUCCACACCGACGUGCUGUUUCCGCACGAACUCACCGUCCAAAUUUACCACGGCGUGUUAGAUGAAGCGGGCGAAAUUCACGAUGGAAGUCUCAAUCCAAUGGAGUAUCAAGCCGACCUUGGAGGUGGCGCCUAUCUCUUUGAAGGGUCACUCACCUUGAAACAGACCGGAUUACACGUGGAAAGCGGAUAUACGGAAAGAAACGUGAAAUCCCUGGGGAAACACCCAAGCAAAAACACCGAUUUGACCGAACCGCAAGGGACAAUUAAAAAAAUGGACAGAACGGCAGAAAUUGCCCGCGAAACAGCAGAAACCCGCAUCCGGCUUCGGCUUGACCUUGACGGGACCGGAGCAGCCAAUAUUAACACGGGUGUUGGAUUUCUGGAUCACAUGUUGGAACUCUUUGCCAAACACGGCUUCUUCGAUCUGGAAAUCCAAGCGGAAGGCGAUUUACAUGUGGAUGCACAUCAUACGACUGAAGAUGUCGGUAUCUGUUUAGGGCAAGCCCUCCAAAAAGCGGUGCUGGACAAAGCGGGAAUGCAACGUUUCGGCAGUUUCACCAUCCCAAUGUACGAAUCCCUUGCCAAAGUAGACUUGGAUGUUUGCGGACGUCCUUACCUCUACUACGAAACCCCGCUCGUGACCGGGAAAGUCGGCGAUUUUGAUAGUGAACUCACUGAAGAAUUUUUUCACGGGUUUGUGAACCAUAGCGGGACAACUUUACAUAUCAACGUCCCCUACGGCACAAAUCAACACCACAUCAUUGAAGCGAUCUUUAAAGCCGUUGCGAAAGCUUUACAUAUUGCGACACGUCUUGAUGAACGUAUUACGGGUGUCCUAUCUACCAAGGGAAGCCUAUAG